GGCGCGGCGGACCGGAAUUGGGGGCGGAAGUGCAGCGCGCUGGGGGACGGCUCCGCGCCUCAGCCCGCGAAGUCCGAACCGCUGACAGCGGGGACGCGGUGGCGGUGCCUCGGCCGACCGGGGGGUUCCCCGGGAGAACAGCAUUGUGUCCCAGCACUGCAGGCUGGCAUCACUUACCUGGAGUGGCUGAGGUCCCGAGAUGUGCAGAGGGUCUGUCUCACAGACCCAGACAGCCUGCAUUUCAGCAACCUCUGUGCCCUCCUGAGAACAGGCCAUUAUGCCCAAGAUAACCCUGAACGGUGUGACGGUGGACUUCCCUUUCCAGCCGUACAAAUGCCAAGAGGAGUACAUGACCAAGGUCUUGGAGUGUCUGCAGAAGAAAGUGAACGGCGUCUUGGAGAGCCCCACGGGCACGGGGAAGACCCUGUGCCUCCUCUGCACUACGCUGGCCUGGCGGGAGCACCUCCAUGACGCCAUCUCUGCCCGCAAGAUUGCCGAGAGGGCACAAGGGGAGCUCUUCCCAGAUCGCGCCUUGUCGUCCUGGGGGAAUGCUGCUUCCGAUGGCGACAACACAGCUUGCUACACAGACAUCCCAAAGAUCAUUUAUGCCUCCAGGACCCACUCACAGCUCACACAGGUCAUCAGCGAGCUUCGGAACACCUCCUACCGGCCCAGGGUGUGUGUGCUGGGUUCCCGGGAGCAGCUGUGUAUCCACCCUGAGGUGAAGAAGCAGGAAAGUAACCACAUGCAGAUCCACUUGUGCCGCAAGAAGGUGGCGAGUCGCUCCUGUCAUUUCUACAACAAUGUAGAAGAGAAGAGCCUGGAGCAGGAGUUGGCUGCCCCCAUCCUGGACAUCGAGGACCUGGUCAAGAGUGGGAACCGGCACAAGCUCUGCCCGUACUACCUUUCCCGGAACCUGAAGCAGCAGGCUGACAUCAUCUUCAUGCCGUACAACUACUUGUUGGAUGCCAAGAGUCGCCGGGCACACAGCAUCGACCUGAAAGGAACCGUUGUCAUCUUUGAUGAAGCUCACAACGUGGAGAAAAUGUGUGAGGAAUCGGCGUCAUUUGACCUGACCCCCCACGACGUGGCCUCUGGACUGGACGUCAUAGACCAGGUUUUGGAGGAGCAGACCAAGGUGGCGCAGCAGGGUGACCUGCUCCUAGAGUUCAGUGCAGACUCCAGCAGCUCAGGGCUGAACAUGGAGCUGGAAGACAUUGCAAAGCUCAAAAUGAUCCUGCUUCGUCUGGAGGGGGCCAUUGAUGCUGUCGAGCUGCCUGGAGAUGACAACGGCGUCACCAAGCCAGGGAGCUACAUCUUCGAACUGUUUGCUGAAGCCCAGAUAACGUUUCAGACCAAGGGCUGCAUCCUGGACUCCCUGGACCAGAUCAUCCAGCACCUGGCAGGACGUGCGGGGCUGUUCACCAACACAGCAGGACUGCAGAAGCUCGCAGACAUCAUCCAGAUUGUGUUCAGCAUGGACCCUGCCGAGGGUGGCCCAAGUUCCAUGGUGGGGCCAGGGGUCUCUCAGUCCUACAAGGUGCACAUCCACCCCGAUACCAGUCACCGGAGGACUGCUCAGCGGUCAGAUGCCUGGAGCACCUCAGCAGCCAGAAAGCAAGGGAAGGUGCUCAGCUACUGGUGUUUCAGCCCCGGCCACAGCAUGCGCGAGCUGGUCCGCCAGGGUGUCCGCACCCUCAUCCUCACCAGUGGCACACUGGCCCCCGUGUCUUCCUUUGCUCUGGAGAUGCAGAUCCCUUUUCCAGUCUGCCUGGAGAACCCACAUGUCAUCGACAAGCAUCAGAUCUGGGUGGGGGUCGUCCCCAAAGGCCCCGAUGGAGCCCAGCUGAGCUCUGCGUUUGACAAACGGUUCUCUGACACGUGUUUGGCCUCCCUGGGAAAGGCGCUAGGCAACAUCGCCCGUGUGGUCCCCCAUGGGCUUCUGGUCUUCUUCCCUUCAUACCCCGUCAUGGAGAAAAGCCUGGAGUUCUGGCGGGCCCAGGACUUUGCCAGGAAGCUGGAGGCCCUGAAGCCCGUGUUUGUGGAGCCGAGGAGCAAAGGCGGCUUGUCAGAGGUGAUGGACGCUUACUACAGCACAGUCGCCUCCCCCGGGGCCAGCGGGGCCGUGUUCCUGGCUGUGUGCCGGGGGAAGGUCAGCGAGGGGCUGGACUUCGCAGACACGAAUGGCCGUGGUGUGAUCGUCACAGGCCUCCCAUACCCCCCACGCAUGGACCCCCGGGUUGUCCUCAAGAUGCAGUUCCUGGAUGAGAUGAAGGGCCAGGGCGGGGCCCGGGGCCAGUUCCUUUCUGGGCGUGACUGGUACCGGCAGCAGGCAUCCAGGGCUGUGAACCAGGCCAUUGGGCGGGUGAUCCGGCAUCGCCACGACUACGGGGCUGUCUUCCUCUGCGACCACAGGUUCAGCUAUGCGGACGCCAGAGCCCAGCUGCCCUCCUGGGUGCGCCCCCACGUCAAGGUGUACGACGGCUUUGGCCACGUCAUCCGAGACGUGGCCCAGUUCUUCCGCAUCGCUCAGAAAACCAUGCCAGUGCCGGUCCCCCUGGCUGCUGCCCCAAGUCUGAGUGAGGGAGAAGGUGCCGUCACGGUGGCCGUGUCUCCCAGGCCCCUGUCCACAAGGAAAGCCAAGACUUUGGAUGUGCACGUCCCUAGCCUGAGGCAGAGACCCACAGGGUGCUUUGCUGCCCACACUUAUGUUCUCACAGGACCGCUGGCCACCAGGGACGCUGAGGGCAGCCUGUGUGUGGAGUAUGAGCAGGAGCUGGUCCAUACCCAGCGGAGGCCCAUGGGGCUGCUGGCCGCCCUGGAACACAGCGAGCAGCUGGCCAGGGGGCCUGGGGACCAGGCCAUCCCCCAGGAGGAGGAGGCACAUCGCUCUACUUUGUCCCUCUUGAGUGAGAAGAGGCCUGUGGAUGAGCAGAGAGGAGGAAGGAAGAAGAUCAGGUUGGUCAGCGGCCAGCAGGAGGGACCAGCAGCCAGUGCACAGGCUGGCAGGGCCAAGCUGUUCAUGGUGGCUGUGAAGCAGGCACUGAGCCAGGCCAGCUUCGACACCUUUGCCCGGGCCCUGCAGGACUACAAGGGCUCUGAUGACUUCGAGGCCCUGGUGGCCUGCCUCCACCCCCUCUUUGCCGAGGACCCCAAGAAGCACAGCCUGCUCCAAGGCUUCUACCAGUUCGUGCGGCCUCACCACAAGCAGCGGUUUGAGGAGGUCUGCAUCCAGCUGACCGGCCAAGGCUGUGGAUACCAGCCUGAGCACAGCCUUCCUCAAAGGCAGGGGGCACCACCGGCCCUGGACCCCAGCGGUGAGCAGGGCCCUACUCCGUCAGGACCAUCAAACUCAGACCCUGAGGGAAGGAGGGAGUUUGACCCCAAGCUGACCCUGUCCCAGGGUGCAGCCAGGCAGCUGGACCCUGGAGAACAUCUGAACCAGGGCCGGCCCCACCUGACCUCCAGGCCGUCUUCCGCAGGAGUCUCCAGCAGCCGUCCACAGGAGAAGAGUGGAGCCCCCGGAGCAGAACGGCAGGGCCAGCCCGCCGUGAGCGCCUACCUGGCCGAUGCCCGCAGGGCCCUGGGGUCCGCAGGCUGCAGCCGGCUCCUGGCUGCGCUGACCACCUACAAACGGGAUGACGACUUUGAGAAAGUGGUGGCCGUGGUGGCUGCCCUUACCACGGAGAGGCCUGAGGACUUGCCCCUGCUGCAGAGGUUCAGCAUGUUCGUGCGCCCGCACCACAAGCAGCGCUUCCGGCAGACGUGUGCUGCCCUGACCGGCCCACCCGUCCCGGGCACGGACACCGAGCCGCCGGGACCCUGGGAGGGGAGCCCUGCCGUGCCUCCUGACCCCACCCACGGGGCUCCUGGGCCAGGCCCCUCACAGCUGGACAAACCAGGGAGGACCCAGAGCAAGAUCUCCUCCUUCUUUAGACAGAGACCGGUGGGGGGUGCGGGGUCUCCCAGCCGGCCCCCCGGGGCCCCCCGCGGGCACGCGCAGUCUGAGUGGGCAGGCUCGGCGUGCCCCGGCUGUGGGGCGGAGGACGCUGUCCUCUUCCAGUGCCCCUCCUGCAACUUCCACCGCUGCCGAGCCUGCUGGCGACGGCACCUCCAGGCCUCUAGGACGUGUCCAGCCUGCCACACCGCCACCAGGAGGCAGAGCGUCACGCAGGUCUUCUGGCCAGAGCCCUGGUGAGUGUGGAGACACUCAGGCCCUGCAGGGUGUGUAGAGGCUGACCGCCCCACCCUGGACCAG